ACUGGUCAUCGCAAUCGCCAUCAGGUCAUCUGGUGAGAAUAUCUGUGGCUGGGGGCAGCUAUAUCGAGUUUUGUAGCAUAUGAGCGAUAGGGACACCACUAGUGAGGACGAUCGGAUCUUACGAUCGGCUAGACGCCCGAUUGCCCAUUUGGCAUUAGAACCAGAGGGCGACAGAUAUUUGUUCCGCCAGCUUAGGGAGAGGCAGAAGCAGCAGAGGAGAGCUAGAGCAGCUGAGGCUAGCAGGGUGCUAGUAAGCGAAGCCGCAACUUCGGAAGCCAUGGCCACUUCUGCACAGCAGACUUCUCAGGCUAGUAGUUCAGGAUCUGUAGGGUCAACGGUCGUGCAGACCCAGAGUCAGUCGGCUGGAGUUAUGGCAAGCCAGCCAUUGGUGUUGUCACCCGAGGAGAUCGCCAUACAACAUGCUGCCCUGCAAGAGGCACAACUACAGAAGGCUUUACGAGAGAUUAAGGCAGAAAAAGAAAGAAUGAUUAGAAGAAGAGCCAGGUUGCAGCGGCGACAAGCGGACACUAGUGAGUUAGAGGAGAUGGACCCACCAGAGCUGGAUGAUCUACCUGCUGUCUCGCAGCCUGUACAGCCGCAGGGUACACAGCCCCUGCAGUCAGUGCAGCAGCCUGUAUCACAGGGUCCACAGCCCGGAGUGAUGCAGGGACCGGGACAAAGUCAGUGGGUGCCGAAGACGGCCAUCGCCGCUCCGAAACCCUGUACAAGGGAUAAGAGGGGCGAAGACCUCGACACUUGGUUGAGGGCAGUGUCGGUCUAUGUCAAGUGCAAACUUACCUUGCCGCACGAGGAAGUGCUUGUGGCUGCAUCCUACCUAGAGGGUAGUGCAACAAGAUGGUUGAGUGGUUUAGUGCAGUUGCAGGAAUACGGUCAUGACUUCCACGCUUGGGCAGCCCACCAGAAACUGGAGGACUUUCUCAAGAUGUUGGAAGAUAGGUGGCACGAUCCUCAGGAGGCCCAAAAGCCCACUGACGCGAUCUUGACACUGUACAUGAGGCAGUUCAAGUCAGUAAGAGAGGCCACUGACGUUGUAGAGCGUCUGAUCUGUGUCCCUGGGGUGCGCUAUGACCCCCAGGUCUUACUCACCUCCUACCUGAGAUGCUUUCCCAUGCCUCUCAGGAAUCAGUUGGCAGGUGAGGCCAACAUCAAUAUGCACAACUUUCCUUCGUUCGGUAAGAAGGCCCUAGACCUUGAGGCAAAGAUAGGGCAUGGACAUAAUCCCAUGACGGAUGGUAGGAAGAAGAAACUGCCUCCCAACUCGAAGGCGAAGGGUCGCAUAAUGUUUGUCGAUAAGGAUGGUUCAACCAUCGAGUUAGGUGACAACUUCCAGGAGGGAGUAGGUUCAGAGGCUGGCAGCGUAGAGGCUUCAGGGGGUGGAGUAGUCGCUGCCGUAGCACAGAAAGGCGAGCCGGUGAAAAUGUCGGCGGAGAUAGAGGGAGUAGUUGCUAAAUACCCUGAUCUAUUUGAAGAGCCGACAUGGGUUGUUGAGAGGGAGGUCGUCCACGCGAUAGAGAUGAUCCCAGGGUCUAGCAUUCCAAAGGGAAUGAUCUAUCGGAUGUCUCCAAGCGAGCUUGAUGAGCUUUGCCAGCAACUCAAGGAACUCAUAGAAAAGGGUUGGAUCCGGCCGAGUGUUUCUCCUUAUGGUUCUCCAGUCCUAUUUGUACCCAAGAAGAAGGAAGGAACACUUAGGAUGUGCAUUCACUAUAGGGGCCUCAAUGCCAUCACUGUCAAGAACAGAGAGCCCCUACCGCGAAUCGAUGACUUGCUAGAUAGAGUGCAAGGGUGUCGGAACUUCAGUAAGAUAGAUCUGAAGUCCGGGUACCAUCAGAUUGCAAUCCGGCCCGAGGAUCGACACAAAACCGCCUUCCAGACCAGGUACGGUCUGUACGAGUUUGUGGUGAUGCCUUUCGGCCUUUGCAAUGUUCCUGGCACCUUUCAGCACGCUAUGAAUCGGAUAUUUCAUGACUAUUUGGAUAAGUUUGUCAUCGUGUACCUCGAUGACAUACUUAUUUUUAGUAAGACUGUCGAGGAGCACGUUGCGCUCUUGGACAAAGUCCUUAGUCUUCUGCGACAGCACAAGUUCAAGAUCAACGGUGAGAAGUGCGAGUUUGGCCGCACCCGUGUCUUGUACUUGGGUCAUGAGAUUUUCGCGGAGGGACUAAAGCCCGAUGACGCGAAGGUGGCCAGCAUUCGUGACUGCCCGCGUCCUCAGUCUGUGAAUGAGAUGAGGUCUUUCUUAGGGAUGACUGGCUACUAUCGCAACUUCGUGAAGAACUAUAGCAUAGUUGGCGCCCCUUUGACUGACCUCACUCGCCUUGACACCCCAUGGGAGUGGACAGACAGAUGUGAGGCUGCUUUCAGACAGCUGAAGCAUGCGUUGACGCAUCAUGAGGUCUUGAAACUUCCUGAUCCUGACAAACCAUUUUUAGUAACUACGGAUGCUAGCCAAUAUGGCAUUGGCGCCGUACCUGCUGUGCAAAAAGUUGAGGCCGGUAGAGUACAUGUCCAAAAAGAUGCCCUCUCAGAAGUUGGCUAAGUCCACCUAUGAGAAGGAGCUCUAUGCGAUUUACAAGGCACUCACCCAUUGGAUGCACUAUCUC